AUGUCUGCCAACAAGGAACUCACCUUCCAGGAGGUUGCUGAGCACAACACCAAGAAGGACCUCUACCUCGUCGUGCACGACAAGGUCUACGACUGCACCUCUUUCGUCGAUGAGCACCCCGGUGGUGAGGAGGUCCUUCUCGACGUCGGCGGUCAGGACAGCACGGAGGCUUUCGAGGAUGUCGGACACAGUGACGAGGCCCGCGAGAUCUUGGAUGGUCUGUACGUCGGUGACCUGAAGCGCAUGCCCGGCGACCCCGCUCCCAAGGCCCAAGCCCAGCCUUCUUCCUCCGGCUCCGGUGAUUCGUCCGGUCUCGGUGUCGGUCUCUAUGCUUUCGUCUUGAUCGGUGGCGCCAUCGCCUACGGUGCUUACCAGUACCUGCAGAAGACCGCCGGUGUCGAG